AUGUCUGCGCGGAACUCGAUCGUCUCACUGUCGUCUGCGAGCUCGGCGAAGGUCGAAACGCGCCUGGCCGAGUUGCCCUCGCAGACGUCGCUGUCCUCGCACGGCUUCGGACAGGAAGGCCCGAUGCUGCCCAGUAGCAGUAGCAAGGACGACGAUCUGCUCAGCUCGUCUAGCGACGAGAUUGAGAACAUGGCCAUGAGAGCGCUAGAACACUUAGAAGAGGUGCUUAAUCACCCUGUACUUUAUCCUCGUAUCUUCCUCACUUAA